AUGGAUACGCAGGCCCAGUCGCAGCAGUCCCAUGCACAGCCGAACCGUUCGGCUCCAGCUUAUGACCCUAGCCAUGGUGGUCACUAUGGCGCAUGCGCAGCACUUGCAUCUCAAGGUUUUGCACCGGCUGAGCUGUACACUGGUCCCUGGGCAAAUGUUGGUGCCGUUCUCCUGGUCCAUCAAGGGUUGACCGGCCAAUACAAGGAUAUCUUGACUACUUACUGGCAGCAAACCAUAUCCCACUUGGAGAGCGAUACACAUGACUACAAGAUUCACCAAUUGCCACUUGCUCGUAUUAAGAAGGUAAUGAAGGCUGAUCCGGAAGUAAAGAUGAUUUCAGCCGAAGCGCCAAUUCUUUUUGCAAAAGGAUGCGAUAUUUUUAUCACUGAGCUUACUAUGCGUGCCUGGAUUCAUGCUGAGGAGAACAAACGCCGGACUCUCCAGCGCUCGGACAUUGCGUCGGCAUUGGCUAAAUCAGACAUGUUCGAUUUUCUAAUUGACAUUGUCCCAAGAGAGGAAGCCUCAUCUCAUGCCAAAAGAACUGCUGCACAGUCUGCCGGCGGCCCACAGGCUGUGCCUGCACCUCCGGGGCAAGCUCAGAUGGCUGGUCAGCAUGCUAAUAUGGCUCAGUCUAACCAUGCCUCACAUCCCAUGGCCACGGCGGAAUAUAUGGCAGGCCACCAUCUUCCUACUGAUCAAGACUAUCGACAAAAUCCAAAUAUGUACGCUGGCCAGGUGCCUCCCGCCCCGUCAGCGCCCUACGGUCAAGCCCAGGCGCCAGCAUCGAUGUAUGGAGAAAUGGAAGGCAUGUACCCAUACUCUGCCAUGCAAGCGCAACAGGCGCCAAUGUCGUCCGAAGAAUUUGAAUAG